GCUUGCAUCCGACCCAUCAUGGUGCCCACAGAACUCACAGGUCUUGUCUCUAACAUGUCUGACGAUUACAGCUACCAUCCCACGUCUCCUCUGGAUGACUACCUAAACCUCCCUGAACUUUACUGUAAGAAAAACAACGUCCGGCAGUUUGCGAGCUACUUCCUCCCGCCCUUGUACUGGCUCGUGUUCAUCGCGGGCGCCUUGGGCAACAGUCUGGUCGUCCUUGUCUACUGGUACUGCACGAGAGUGAAGACCAUGACCGACAUGUUCCUCCUGAAUUUGGCAAUUGCUGACCUCCUCUUUCUCGCCACGCUUCCUUUCUGGGCCAUUGCCACUGCGGACCAGUGGAGAUUCCACACCUUCCUGUGCAAAGUGGUCAACAGCAUGUACAAGAUGAACUUCUACAGCUGCGUGCUGCUGAUCAUGUGCAUCAGCGUGGACAGGUACAUUGCCAUCGCUCAGGCCAUGAAAGCGCAGACCUGGAGGCAGAAGAGGCUCGUGUACAGCAAAAUGGUCUGCUUUGCUGUCUGGGUGCUGGCGGCCAUGCUCUGCAUCCCCGAAAUCCUGUAUAGUCAACUCAAGAAGGAAUCCGGCAUUACCAUAUGCACCAUGGUUUACCCUAGUGACGAGAGCACCAAAGUGAAGUCGGUGGUCUUAACCUUGAAGGUCGUCCUGGGCUUUUUCCUUCCUUUCGUGGUCAUGGCCUGCUGCUACACCAUCAUCAUCCACACUCUGUUACAAGCCAAGAAGUCAUCCAAGCACAAGGCCCUGAAGGUGACUGUCACCGUCCUUACUGUCUUCUUCCUAUCUCAGUUCCCCUACAACUGCAUUCUGUUGGUGCAGACCAUCGAUGCCUACGCCAUGUUCAUUUCCAACUGUGCCAUUUCCACCAACAUUGACAUCUGCUUCCAGGUCACUCAAACCAUCGCCUUCUUCCACAGUUGCCUGAACCCCGUGCUCUAUGUUUUUGUGGGCGAGAGAUUCCGCCGGGAUCUUAUGAAGACCCUGAAGAACUUGGGUUGCAUCAGCCAGGCGCAGUGGGUCUCGUUCACGAGGAGAGAGGGAAGCGUGAAGCUGUCGUCCAUGCUGCUGGAGACGACCUCGGGAGCGCUCUCCUACUGAGGGGUCUUGGCUCCGACGUGGAUGGCCCUCUCGGAAGUAAGGAGAAAUACAAGUACAGCUUCUCCACUGAUGGGACCAGAGGGAAACUAAUGAAGAAAAAGAAAAAGGAAGUGGGGGGUGGGGGGAGAAAAAGCCCAGAAAGGGAUGAAUUUGGACAAUUACUUUAGUUAGAAUUUCCAAGUCAGAGUUUUCCACAUGGACUGGCCAUCCCGUGAGACCAUGGACUGGCUCUUGGCUGCAAUGUGUACAAUUUUCGGAGAAGGACCAACAGACAGCUCUUUAGACCACCCUGGCUUCGUCCCUCGUCUGAGCAUUAAUGCAACUGGAAAAGGCGUUUGAUUUUCCCAGUAUACUGCGGAUGGCUGUGGCUUCGGUUCUGAAGCCACCCCUUCCAACAGGAGACACGGACCCACUGGCCGCUGCCACCAGGAGUCCACAAAGCACAAGGUUUCCUGAAAACUUCCAUCUUGUGGGGGGGAAUUUCUACCGUGACUUUGGGGCCUGGUGCCCAUGCCAGGUCUUCUAGAUUCUUGAUCGGAAUCUUUUCAAACAACCUCAGAUCGUCUCCUCUGGUCUCCUUAAUCUGUUCUGGGCCAGGGAGGGACCCUGAGCCUCUUUUGAACUACCUACUUGACUGGCCAGCGAGCCCCUGGACUAGUAGCCAUCUCCGAACGUCAUCCCUAUUC